GUUCUAGCCGUUAUGGCGGAAGACGACUGCAUACCACUCAGAUACCGUGAACUUCCGCAGAGGUGUAACUUAACUGAUGAGUGUAUGGAUCAGCUAAUGAGAGGAAGGGUCAUCGACAUCCAUGAAGAUUUCAGGGCGAGCUUUGACGUCGAUCGGCCUACAUCUAAACCGAUGAGGUACGAUUGUGAGCUUGAGGAGUUGGCAGUGAAAGCUGUUGAGAAUUACAAACCCGGAAACAAUUCCGAUGUGCAAGAAAAUGGAAAGCUUUUAACAAUAGACAAAUCUAGUGACAAUGCGCAGGCGUUACGUCAGGCUAUCUUGUACUUUUUUACUAGCACGAUUGUCGAUCAAGAAUGCAAAUUGGCUAAUCUUUACGUUAAGACAGUGGGAAAUUCUGAUAGAGUAGGCUGCGCUGUGAAACAUAAUUGGGAUAUUUACAUUGUAGCAUGUUUUUACGGAAGACUGGUGAUGGGGAACAUUUUAGAAGACUGGAAACUUCCAGCCUGCUGGCCACUUCGCAAUGACGCACCUCAAAUCUAA